AUGGCUAAUAGAGCUCUGGCCUUGUCUCUCCUGAUCCUCUCUCUCUCCCCGCUCAUGGGCUCAAUGGCCCAGUUGGAGACCCAUCAGGAGCAGCUCCUCCAGAGCCUCCGCAACCAGCAGCAGCACCGGCUCCGAGCCAAGACCCCUUGCGGCAUACAACAGCUCCAGGCCCGCGAGCCAACCCAUAAGCAUGAAUACGAGGCUGGCUCGACCGAGUUCUGGGACGCCAGUGGCAAGGAGUUUGCGUGCGCCGGUAUUCAGUUUGUCCGCCACACCAUUCAGCCAAAGGGCCUCCUGCUGCCUUACUACACUAAUGCCCCUCAGCUUGUCUAUAUCAUCAAAGGGAGUGGAAUUCAGGAGACCGUAAUUCCCGGGUGCGCAGAGACUUACGAGUCCGGUUCGAGCAGCUACUCUGCUUCAGAAUCAGAAAGAGAGAAAAGACAAGGAGAGCAAGGGCAAGGAAGGAGGGCUAACGACCGCCACCAAAAGCUAAGGCGAUUCCGGCAAGGGGACAUCCUCGCACUGCAGCCGGGAGUCACUAACUGGGCUUACAAUGAUGGCGACACACCCAUCAUCAGUGUAUCUAUUCGCGACGUCGCCAGUGAAGCCAACCAGCUGGACUUGGAAUUCAGGAAAUUUCUCCUGGCCGGGAACCCGCAGGCGACCCGAAACCAAGGGCCGCAUCAAGAAGAGGAGCCCUACAGGGAUCAACAAAGCAAGCGGGGCGAACAAGAAGGAGAGGAGCAACAGCAGAGCAACAUAUUUGCCGGGUUCGAGCAGGAGUUCCUGGCGGAGGUGCUCAACAUUGAUCCAGACAUCAUAAGGCGGCUGCAGGGGAAGGAGGACAACAGAGGGGCCAUCAUCCGAGCCGAGAAUCUCGGGCUAGUCCUUCCGGAGUGGGGCAGCCAGGAGCAGGAGCGCGAGGGUGGGUACGCGAAUGGGCUGGAGGAAACCCUUUGCUCUUUAAAAAUUAGGGAGAACAUUGAGCACCCGAGCAAGGCCGACGUGUACAACCCGCGUGCGGGUCGGGUAACCAGGCUCAACGGGCAUAAGCUCCCCAUCCUGAACCACCUCCGGCUCAGCGCUGACCGAGGAAUCCUCUACAGGAAUGCGAUGAUGGCCCCACACUGGAGCAUAAACUCGCACACGAUAACGUAUGUGAUCAGGGGGAGCGCAAGGAUCCAGGUGGUGGGCAACCAGGGGAAAACGGUGUACGACGAGGAGAUCCAAGAGGGGCAGCUGCUGGUGGUCCCACAGAACUUUGCGACUGUGAAGAAGGCAGGAGAGAGUGGGUUCGAGUGGAUUGCCUUCCGCACUAACCAUGAAGCCAUGAUCGGGCAGCUCGCAGGCCGGCUGUCGGCCAUCCGAGCCAUGCCGGAGGAGGUACUCAUGAACGUGUACAGCGUCUCCAGGAAGGACGCCGGGAGACUCAAGAACAGCCGGGAGGAAGCCACCCUGCUCGGCCCAACGAAUGGAGGUCCGCAGCGUCCGCCGCAGGCCGAGAAUAGAUAUUGA